CGGGGCACCAUGCUGGCGUCCCUGGGCGCCAUCUGGCUCCUGUCGGGGCUCCUGGCCGUGCCCACGCUCCUGUUCCGCACCACGGUGAACGACCAGAACAGCAACCGCACCACCUGCGCCAUGGACUUCAGCAUCGUGACCAUGAACCAGCGGCACGAGGACUUCUGGAUCGCCGGUCUCAGCUUGUCCUCCUCCGCCCUGGGCUUCCUCCUGCCCUUCCUGGCCAUGACCAUCUUCUACUGCUUCAUCGGCUGCACCGUCACGCGCCACUUCAACAACCUGCGCAAGGAGGACCAGAAGAAGAAGCGGCUGCUGAAGAUCAUCACCACCCUGGUGGUGGUGUUCGCCAUCUGCUGGACGCCCUUCCACGUACUGAAGAGCAUGGACUCCCUGUCCUACCUCAACCUGGCGCCCAACUCCUGCGGCUUCCUGCACUUCCUGCUGCUGGCCCACCCUUACGCCACCUGCCUGGCCUACGUCAACAGCUGCCUCAACCCGUUCCUCUACGCCUUCUUCGACCUGCGCUUCCGCUCCCAGUGCCUGUGCCUGCUCAACCUGAAGAAGGCCAUGCACGGCCAGAUGAGCUCCAUGUCGUCCACGCUCAGCGCCCAGACUCAGAAGUCGGAGAUCCAUUCUCUGGCCACGAAGGUGUAACGGAGCGCGAGGGGACUGCCGGACGGUCGCGCCACCACCUGUGGACCACUUGUUAAAAUACAGACUUUAUGUGUUCAUUGUUCAAAGGCGGUAAGAUGAGAUGCUGAACUUUGAACCGCCACCGCUCACAGUUGUGUGUGUGUGUGUGUGUGAAGCUGGAGGCAGCUGGCUGAGCUCCAGAGCUGUUGUUUUUUUUUGUUUUUUUUAACCCUGUAGAGAAAGGGUAUAUUUUUUGUGAGGGUGCGGUGCGAGGGUCUUCUCUCUGGGACCAGAACUCUGACUCUGACUCUCUGAGCUGAACUGUCACA